GGUUCCCCGCGCUCACCUGGAUGGGGGGUCCCUCCGCCUUUUACCUGCCGGAGCCCCGGCCCGGAGAGGAGGAAGAGGAGGAGGAGGAAGAAGAAGCGUCGGUGCGCGCGCGGAGAGACCCGCGCCCGAGGCUGCGGGCGCUGCGUAAAUGCCUUCGCUCGGAGCCUGGGCCCGCCCUGUGCGCCAAAAGCCGCGCUUGCGAGCCGCGCAGGGGACCCGCCGCGCUGCGAGGAGGCGCCCAACGCAGGCCCAGACGAGCCCGCCUUCCUGCCAGCCCGCCCGCCCGCCCGCCCGCCAACGCCGCAGGGGCGCACGCCAGCGCCGGCAGCCAGAAAGGGGCCUCCUUCCCUCCCUGCGAAUUGGGGAAGGGGCUUCUCGGUGGCUCUUUGCAGAGUUUCUGGCCGGGCCUUAUCUUGAUUUCUCCAAACCACCAUGCCUGGUGAGAGUGACUGCAAGGACAGGAAACUUGAGAAAGCCGAGAGGGAUGGUGCUCUUGAGUUUGUUGUUCGAACCCGCAAAAGAAAAUCUGAUGUCGUGUUUUUACAAGAUCCAGAUGAAGAUUCCAGUAUAAAUACAACCAACAGGAAAUCAAAUGAAAGUCAGUCAAAUUAUGUUGCAUGUCCUUAUUCACACUUGCUGAUCCCUACACCAGAGAAAGAUGAAGAACUUGAGAAUGCAAACUUUGCAACUUCUAAGCAUCAAAGGCUGGUUUUGGCUAGGGAGACACCUUUGCCUGUUUUGGGUUGGGUGAAUAGAGAUGAACUAUGGCAAAACAUGCUCAAUAAGGAACAGAAGUACGCAAGAGAUAAACGUUAUAUGGAAAAGCAUCCGCUCCUGGAACCUAAAAUGCGAGUAAUUCUCCUAGAUUGGCUAAUGGAGGUUUGUGAGGUCCACAGACUUCACAGAGAGACAUUUUAUUUAGCUCAGGAUUUCUUCGAUCGGUUUAUGGCAACACAACAGAACGUUGUAAAGACUCUCCUUCAGCUGAUCGGGGUAUCGUCUUUAUUUAUUGCUGCUAAACUGGAGGAGAUCUACCCACCAAAGCUUCAUCAAUUUGCCUAUGUCACUGAUGGUGCUUGCACAGAAGAAGACAUUAUUAGCAUGGAACUCAUUAUUAUGAAGGCAUUGGAUUGGAACCUGAGUCCCCUGACGAUCGUGUCCUGGCUAAAUAUAUACAUGCAGGUCGCCUAUUUAAAUGAGAUUUGUGAGAUGCUGCUGCCCCAGUAUUCUCAAGAGAUAUUCGUGCAAGUAGCGGAGCUUUUGGACCUGUGUGUCCUUGAUGUGGGCUGCUUGGAGCACACGAACGGGGUCCUGGCUGCGUCGGCGUUGUAUCACUUUUCCUCCAGCGAGUUGAUGCAGCGGGUUUCGGGAUACGAACUGAGCGACAUUGAGAAAUGCGUGAAAUGGAUGGUACCCUUUGCGAUGGCUAUCAAGGAAGUGGGGAGUUCGGUGUUGAAGCGCUUCAGAGGAAUCCCUGCCGAAGAUUUGCACAAUAUACAAACGCACAUAAACACCUUCGAUUUGCUGGACAAAGCGCGAUCCAAACAAGCCACGCUAGCUGAGAAAAACAGGUGUUCUCCUUUGCCCACAGGUGUUCUCACCCCACCUCAGAGCAGCAAGAAACUCUCUCAGACCUCGAAAUAGCUAAAGCUACGGAAGCUGCUCUCCUUCUCCUGAUCUGCUGCUUUCUUUUAAAAAAGACACACAACUCCCUCGUCCUGUAUUUUUAUUUUCACAAUUCUGCAUUGUCGCCAGAUGCUGCCAACGACUCCAGAUUCAUGCUAGAAUGGGAGGGGGGGUGGGGA